AUGGCCCAGAGCAAACUGUUGGAAAUGCAGCUGGAACAAGAUGCACUUCAGGAUAGCAGAAACAAAUCUCAGAGCCAAGAGCAUCUACAAAUAGAGUUUAAAAAUAGUACUGGAGAGCUGGAAGCUGCCAGCCAGCAGCAGGACCAGGUGCUGAGGGGGGCUGGCAGCCAAAAGGAGCAUCUGACUCAGGAGCUCCACAGCCCCAAGGAAUUACUGCUGGAAUCACCUGGCAGUCUAAUGGACUGCAGAGGCAGGGCAGGCAGGAAGCUCUGUGAGCAUGGGGACAUGGCCUGCCUGGGCACAGCAUUUUGUGGUGUCCUGCAGGAUCUGGACUCCCAGGUGUCACACAUCAAAGGAAAGCUGGUCCUGAACCAAGAGGAACUUCAGUCACUGACAAAAGAUUCACAGGCCCACAGAGAGCUUCUGCUGCAGCAGGAUCAAAGAAUAAGCAAGAACCCUGAAUUUAAUGUGUCCAUGUCAAGUCUGUCGUGUCUGGCAGCCAAACAGAGGCAUUGGGAGGCUGCUGAGCAAAGGGGCUCAGGUCUGCUGGGCUGUCUGCAGGAGAGGGAGAGAGCCCUUGGGGCUAGCAGCCAGGAGAUCAGGGAGCUGCAUUCCCAGCUUGGCAGCAGGGUGCAGGAGCUCCAGCACACGAGGAGUGAAGAGACCUGCUUACACAAGGUGCUGAAACUGCUCAUGUUGGAGGAGGAAAGGAUCAUUGAGGUCUUCCAAAAGCAAAUUGGUAACAUGACCCAGAUCAUGGGCCAGCACAGCCAAACUGCUGGAGCAAUGGAAGUGGAGAAAUCCCAGCUGAAAAAAGAAAUAAAUGACUGGAAACUCAAAGCAUAAGAGCUUAAGGUUGCAAAGGAAGAGAAAGAAGCCAGACUAUGUGAAAUGGAGGUCAGGCUGAGCGAGCUGGAGCUGGAAAGGGUUCAGCUGGUUAGCACUAAGAGGCUCAAGGCACUGAAUGAUGCAAAACUGGGCAAAGAUGAGCUCCUGCAGGAACUCCAGGCUGGCCAGAGGGAGCUAGCUGGCCUUGCAGAGGCAUUUUAAGAUUUGAAGGGGAAUUAUCAGGGUAAAGGUAAGGAAAUGGAAAAUACUGCAAACAGAGUGAAAAUGCAGUUGAAGUCAGCCCAAACUGAACUGAAACAGGCCAGGACUGCUCUAAAGACAAUGGAGGGAUCUGAUGGCAAUGCUCUGGAAGCUGCAGCAAGAAUGCAGAAGCAGAUCACAGCCAAGAGAGGACAGAUAGAUGCACUACAGAGCAAGAUGAAAUUCUUCAAAGCAGCAAUGGCAAAUGCAGCUAAGGAGAAGCAUUACCUCAGACACAAAAAUAGUAAACUAAGUCAGAAAUUGAGCUGUGUUAGAGUAGAGAAUAUCAGGAUUGCUGGGGACCUGGAGAUCCUGAGAUCACAAGACAAAUGGCUGAAAGAAAAACUGUCCAAGAUGGAGACAGCCCUUGAUAAGGCAUCCCUGCAGUUUGCCCAGUGCCAGUGCAUCAUCCAGUGCCAGGAGCAGGAAGCCAUGCACUGCGGGCUGCAGCACACCUUGGGUGUGAGAGAGUUGCAGGGCCCAGGCUACUCCUCAGCUUCUGCUUCAGGGAAGCUGCAGCACACUGUGCCUCUGUCCCAUGUGCUCUCUGCUGUCUGGCCACAUGCCCUGCACCUGCCCAGCUCUGCCCCUCAGAAGCCUACCAAGCUGGACAUUUUCAAGGAAGAGCCAUUGCAGGAUCUGAAGAGGAUUCUUCAAGAAUUAGCAUCUCAAGACAGUGAAGUUCCCUCUGUGGAUCUCAGCAGCCGUGGUGGGAGGAAAUCCCCUUUAACAACCAUGAGGAAUGCAGGGUAAGAAUAAUAGAUUUAUUUCUGUUGUGUGCUGUGUACUUACAGUGCCCUCUGAAACUGAGAUCUGGCUCUUGACAUGCUUCAGGAGCAGUGUGGGAUAUGUUUUUGCAAGGUCGGGUUUACACAUAAACCUGAGAUAAUCUGGAAGCUUCCAAAGCUUCUGUUGUUUGCCAGGUUACUCAGAUGCUUUAGGUGGAAGGGAAAUAGAAGGUAGCCACAUCAUUUGCUUUUAGUGCUUGCUUUUAUAUUUGUUCAAAACUCCUUUCUUCUUUUCCUGCCACAUGUAAAUAUCCAAAUGCAGCAUUUUUUUUUAGACCAAACACAUGAUAAUGGCAGCAGUUCAUGAAGUUGAAAAAUCAAUACAGCACACAUUCUGAUGUUUCUAAUCCAGAACAUAAGGAUACUUCAUAGAAGAAAAUGUAAUUCGUGAAU